AAAUCAGGGACUAUGUUUUCGUCAUAAACUCUUAGAACCCAACACAUCAAUAAAUCAGUAAUAUCUGAGAGAUUCUGGCUAUGGCGGCCGAGGAAGAACUUGACAUCACAGUCUCUUCGUCCCUUCACAUGGUCUCUGCAUUUCUCGCCAUGGAACCACCCAACGUCGUAAUCUCCUUCGCCAGGGAGUUUGGAGAAGGUUCCAUCACCGAGAGUGUACAGAGUUGCAUUUGGCACCACUGUAUUACCAAAGCUGAUUUGAAGUGGCAAGGGCCUUACUUGAAAAGGUUUCUCAAGAAAUUAAUUCUUGAAAUCGAGUCGAGCGGCGGCCUCGUUCUGGAUGAAUUGUACGAACAGUACGCUUCUUACAUGAUUUCUUUACAGAAUAAUGAUGGCAAUAAAGAGAACUUUAGAGUCUUGAAAACAAUCUCCUUUCUUUUCCCUAAUGAGUCUUCUGGAAUCGUAAGUUGUCCGAAGUCAAUGAAGUUCGAGGUUCGACUUCAGUGUUCAGUCAACAUGCUUGAAGGAGAUACUGGGUGCUCUAUUUGGCCAUCAAGUCUUUUCCUGUCAGAAUUUAUACUUUCUUUCCCAGAAAUAUUCGCGAAUAAAUGUUGCUUUGAGGUUGGUUCAGGGGUUGGAUUGGUUGGCAUCUGUCUGUCCUAUGUAAAAGCGUCUAAGGUGAUUCUAAGUGAUGGUGAUUUGUCAACUUUAGCAAACAUGAAGGUUAAUUUGGAACUGAACCACCUGAGUACACACGACCCUGUACAUCAUAAGAAGGUACAUUGUGUUUGUUUGCCAUGGGAAUCCGCCUCAGAGGAUGAUCUCCAAUGCUUUGCCCCCGACAUAAUUUUGGGUGCUGAUAUUAUUUACGAUCCCUCAUGCCUUCCUCAUCUUGUUCGUGUCCUGUCCCUUCUUCUGAAGCACAACAAACAUUCACAUGCUGAAGUUGGAGCUCGUCGUGAAUUGGAUAGUCUGCCAGCUGAUAAACUUCUGCGGCAUCCUCUAGGCAAAGGUCCCGUUGCAUACGUUGCUUCUGUGAUUCGUAACGCCGAAACGUUCAACUAUUUUCUAGCACUGGCUGAACAGGCGAAGCUCGUGGUCACAGAUCUCACAGAAAAGGUGGAAGUAUCUAAGUUUCUUCCUUACUUGAGAUCGUAUCAGCGAUCUAGCAUAAGGAUAUUCAGAAUUCAUGUAUAAACGGUAACCAAGUUCUUGCCUUCUCCUGCAUUUCAGGCUUCUAUGAACUAAUUUAUAAUUUCAUUUGGUAUCAGAAUUGUUCGUCAGUUGUACUAACUUAAGGUUCUGUACUCUAAAUUACAUCAUUGAUUUCCUAUUGCAUAAGAUGGAUUUGUUGUCUGAUUCAACGAAUUUUGUGAAAUUAAAUGUCCUUCAAUUUAAAAUUGUGGAAAUG